AUGUGGCAUGCCGCUAGACAACAAGAAAAAAAAAUUAAGGAGUUGAUGGUAGAUCAUAAGAAAAGAGCUGAGCGUAGAAGAGCUUAUUAUGAGUCCAAGCUUGGAGAUCCCAAUCAAUUACUUCGUCUUACUGGCAAUGCAACCAAGCUACAUCCUGAUGCCGAACAACAUUUUUAUUACGAAAAUUCUGAUAAAUCCCUAAUGUUAUGGCAAGGAGAUAAUGAAACAAGAAUUGAUAGAUUUGAUGGACGAGCUUUAUUGGAUUAUUUACCUCUGAAUGAUCCAAAUGUUUUAAAUAUGCCUACAGAUGAACGUGAUUUUCAAGAAGAAUUGAAUUUUGAAAGGUUUCGCGAUUUGGUUGAAAAUGAACGUCGUAAUGUUACUGAAUCUGAGUGUCUCGAAGAUAUCGAAGCUGAUUGGUCUAGCCUUUUGGAAAGACAUAAAGCAAUGAUGAAGAAACUACAAGAAAAACCUGAAAUUAGUAAUAAAUUUGGUUACAAUUAUGAAUCUGAAAAACAAGAAGAAAUUGUGAGCGAAGAUGAAGAAGAAUUAAAUCUCAUAGAUGAUAUCCUUUAA